AUGGGAACAUUGAUGAACGUUGAUGGAAAAACCAAGGACUCAUACAAGGCUCGUCUUGAUCUAGUGGCUAUGGGUAUAAGGCCUAAAUUACACCUAAGGCAAGUAGAUGGAAAAACUUUCCUACCCGCUCCUUGCUUCACGCUCUCUCCAACUGAAAAAAGAAGUUUUUGUGAAUUCUUGAGUACAGUUAAAUUGUCAGAUGGCUAUGCAUCAAACAUAUCACAUUGUAUUGCUUCAUGUUGCCUACGUGGAUGUUUGAAAAAGGAUGUGAGCAAGGCUUUAAUUGAGCUUUGCUUGUUCUUUAAGGAGUUAUCGGCAAAAACAUUGAGAGUUGAUGUCUUAGAACAACUUGAGAAAGAUAUUGUUUUAAUUUUGUGCAAGCUUGAGAAGAUAUUUCCACCAUCUUUUUUCGAUAUUAUGAUCCAUUUAUGCGUACACUUAUCACGUGAAGCAAUCCUUGCUGGACCGGUGCAAUACCGGUGGAUGUAUGCAUUUGAGAGGUACAUGCAUAUUCUUAAGGGCUAUGUGCGUAACAAAGCCCGUCCAAAAGGCUCUAUUGCUGAAGGUUACAUUGAUAAUGAGGCUCUUACAUUUUGCUCUAUAUACUUCAACGAAGGUGAGACAAAAUUUAAUAGACCAGAGCGGAAUUAUGAUGGGCCUAUUAAAGCUACACAAGAUGGAAAUAUUUCUGUAUUUAAGCAGAAAGUACGUGGAAUAGGAGCUGCAGUUAAUGAUGUGUUGAAUUUAAAAGAUUUGAAGAAAGCUCGAUGGUAUGUGUUGAAUAAUUGUGAUGAAGUUCAACCGUAUGUGAGGCAAUACAUGGAUGAACUUGAGAGACAAGGUUUGAGAAAUGUUCAAGAGAGGCUGGAAUCAGAGUUUCAUACAUGGUUUCUAAAAUACGUACGAGCUAUAAAUUUUUAACCUUAUUUGUGCAUUUAAAUAAUGUAACUAAGUAUAUGCUAAUACAUUUCACAUCAUAAAUGGAAUUAGG